AUGAGUCGUCAAAUGUGCGGCGAGUGCAAGCGCAACACGGAGCUGGUACACGACCACGCUGCGGGCGACCUCAUCUGCGCCGAGUGCGGCCUCGUCGUCGAGGCGCACAGCGUCGACGAAACUUCCGAAUGGCGUACUUUUUCUAACGAAGCCGCUAAUACCGACCCCGUGCGUGUCGGCGGGCCGACAAAUCAGCUGCUGACAGAUGGCGGGCUGACGACGAUGAUCAGCGCCGGGAAGAACGGGCAGGGCGGGGGGGAUCUCCCCGGGCGGAAAGGGUGGGCCAGCCAGGGCUCGAACCCGGACCGGGACUUGAUAAACGCGUUUCAGUCGAUAGGCGACAUGGCGGACAGACUGGGCCUCGUAGCCACUAUCCGGGACCGUGCGAACGAGAUAUUCAAGAAGGUGCACGACUUGAAGAGCAUUCGCGGGCGCAGCAACGAGGCCACGUAUGCUGCUUGCCUUUACAUCGCAUGCCGGCAGGAGGACAAGCCACGUACCUUCAAAGAGAUAGGGUCAGCAGGCAACAACAUAUCAAAGAAGGAGAUAGGCCGAGCGACCAAGUUUAUAGUGAAGCAGCUAGAAGCGGAUAUGGGGGCGGUGGACAUGGGAGCGGUCAAUGCAGGCGACUUCAUGCGGCGCUUCUGUUCGCAUCUGGGCAUGAAGGGAGCGCCAGUGCAGGCGGCAAUAGGGGUGGUGCAGAGCACAGAGCAGAUCGACAUGCCCUUGUCCCUCAGUCGGCGCUUCUGCUCGCAUCUGGGCAUGAAGGGGGCGCCAGUGCAGGCAGCAAUAGAGGUGGUGCAGAACACAGAGCAGAUUGACAUCCGCACCAGCCGAGCGCCCAUCUCCAAGGCCGCUGCCGCCAUCUACAUGGUCACUCAGCUCUGCAGCAACCCCGUGCCCACCAAAGGUAGUGUAACAGGGAUGGCAGAGAGUGGCACCAUGUGCACCAGCUAUGAGGGCCUUUCCGUUUCUCUCCCCUCUCCUCCUCAAAUGCUUCUCUUCCUCUUGCCUUUCCACUCCCCCUUGCCGCCAGACAUAUCACACGCAAGGGCACGGCUGAGGGGACUUGUGAGUCGACUCAAAAAUAUAUCGAGGGCAACGGGAGUGGCAGAGGGCACCAUCCGCAAACACGUACAAGGACCUGCUGCCCUCCCUUCCCCCUCCACGUCUCCUCUUCCUCCUGCACCUGUUCAUCUCCUCUCCCCUUGCAUUCCCCCUCCCCCCCUUUCUGCAGACAUAUCGAGGGCAACGGGAGUGGCAGAGGGCACCAUCCGCAACACGUACAAGGACCUGCUGCCCUUUGCCUCGCGCCUGCUGCCCGAGUCAUACGCCAAACCAGAGGACAUUGCCAAGCUCUCCCCCUCGUAG